AUGACCACAACGUCGGACCACCACGAUGCGACCACGACGGACGACGGUGACGCGAAGGCGACCACGAUGGACCACCACCACCACAACGCGAAGACAACUCUGACGGACAACGAACCCAUGAAGACAAAUGAGGGACGACGACAACGAACAACUAACGAACAACAGACGACCACCUGUGAUGCAUACAUGACUGGUGUAACAAUUCUCAUUGCUCAGUACCACGAAAAAUGGACAAAAUACCUUACUUCACCACAGAAACAAACACCUGGUUUGAAUGGCUGGGUGCCAUGCUCUGUAAAAUCAGGAGGUUGUUUCUGA